CAGGUGGGAUGCUAUGGAAUAUGAUGAGAAGCUGGCCCGGUUCCGGCAGGCCCACCUCAACCCUUUCAACAAGGAGAUUGGGCCAAGGCAGCAUGAGCAGAGGGCCAGUGAGGAGACCUCAGAAGUCGCUUCUGAAGAACACGCACUCAGGUCAGGAGGGUGUGAGCUCUAAGAACUGCAGAUGGAGUCAACAGAAGGCUUUCAGGGUGCAUGCAGAGAUCUCCUAGAGUCCACACAGGCACGCAGGAAUUCUUCCCACAACUACCCAGCAGCCUUGAAUCCAUAUAUGCAUACAUGAGAGGCCCUGCCUGAGCUGCCCCCUGGAGAGCCAGAAUUCUGCUGCACUGAGCGAGUGAUGGAUCUUGGCUUAUCUGAGGACCACUUCUCCCGCCCUGUGGGUCUGUUCCUGGCUUCUGACAUCCAGCAGCUGCGGCAGGCUAUCGAGGAAUGCAAGCAGGUGAUUCUGGAGCUGCCUGAACACUCAGAGAAGCAGAAGGAUGCCGUAGUUAGGCUCAUACACCUCCGGCUGAAGCUCCAGGAGCUGAAGGACCCCAAUGAAGAUGAGCCCAAUAUCCGAGUCCUCCUGGAGCACCGUUUCUACAAGGAGAAGAGCAAGAGUGUCAAGCAAACCUGUGACAAGUGUAACACCAUUAUCUGGGGACUCAUUCAGACCUGGUACACGUGCACAGGAUGUUAUUACCGAUGUCACAGCAAGUGCUUGAACCUUAUCUCCAAGCCCUGUGUGCGCUCCAAAGUCAGCCACCAAGCCGAAUAUGAGCUGAACAUCUGCCCCGAGACAGGGCUGGACAGCCAAGAUUACCGUUGCGCAGAGUGCCGGGCACCCAUCUCUCUGCGGGGCGUGCCCAGUGAGGCCCGGCAGUGUGACUAUACGGGCCAGUACUACUGCAGCCAUUGCCACUGGAAUGACCUGGCUGUCAUCCCUGCAAGAGUCGUGCACAACUGGGACUUUGAGCCACGCAAGGUGUCCCGCUGUAGCAUGCGCUACCUGGCACUGAUGGUGUCUCGGCCAGUUCUCAGGCUCCGGGAGAUCAACCCUCUGCUGUUCAACUAUGUGGAGGAGCUGGUAGAGAUCCGGAAGCUGCGCCAGGACAUCCUGCUUAUGAAGCCAUACUUCAUUACUUGCAAGGAGGCCAUGGAGGCACGUCUGCUCCUGCAGCUCCAGGACCGGCAACAUUUUGUGGAGAACGAUGAGAUGUACUCCAUCCAGGACCUGCUGGACGCGCACACAGGCCGCCUCGGCUGCUCGCUCACGGAGACCCACACACUCUUCGCCAAGCACAUCAAGCUGGAUUGUGAGCGCUGUCAGGCCAAGGGCUUUGUGUGUGAGCUCUGCAGAGAGGGUGACGUACUGUUCCCGUUUGACAGCCACACAUCUGUGUGCACCGAGUGCUCUGCCGUCUUCCACAGGGACUGCUACUAUGACAACUCCACCACGUGUCCCAAAUGUGCUCGGCUCACCUUGCGGAAGCAGUCACUCUUCCAGGAGCCUGGUCCAGAUGUGGAUGCCUAGAAUAACAGGCACCCCUUCCAGGCCUAUCUGGCAUCCGAGCUGCUGGUCAUAGCCAAAGUCAAGGUGUUUCUUGUGUUCUGGAGACCCCUAGGGUACAGUCCCUGGACUUGUCCCCUGUGCUGGGCCAGAGGGGUGUACGUGGCACCAUGAGGACCAUCAUCCUUCUCCCAGGCACUUGUUGGGACUUGUGGAAGUCUUGUCUGUUUCUUUCCUGAGUGUGCUGCUGUGAAGGCUGCAGGGCUCCAUAAGCAGGGAAGUGUGGAAAGGUUUCUCACCCAACCCUGUGGGGGCCUUGGCCACCUUGAAAACCCUUGAGGGCUUUGGGGGAGUGGCUGACAGGCCCUGGGAAUGCUGGCUGCAUACACCCAGCGUUAGCCUGUUUUACCUACAGUGGAUGGUUUGGAUCUACCUGAAGGCCCCUGUCCCCUUAGCCUUGUAUUUGGGGACUUCUAGUUGUCCCUGGCUAGGGUUGUUCAUGACUGUCUCCUGAGAGCCCUGUUCCUGUCUCUUGAGGGCCUCUCUCUCUGGGUUUUCCUCCAACAGGGCCAGUCCAGUUCUGUACAACAUGGAGGGAAGUGAGCUGUGAAGCUCUUCCUCCUGGGUGGACCAGCCACUGUUCCUACCUUUGCUCUGCCAGCUUACUAUGGUGCUCCAGGCUAGGUGGCUGGGGGUCCAGUUGUAAGAAGCUGGGCCCUUUCCCAGUUUGGAGCAGGGUCUGGGGAGGUUCUAGGUUAGCCAACAGGGUUGGCUUUCUAUAGUAGGCCUAUUUGCCUGAGGAACUCCAUGCUGCUGCCACAGUGCCUGUGGCAGACUCUGGACAGCUCAGAAACCACCAGCCAGUGGUCUUUUGUUUGGGAGUCUGAGGUCAGGCACUGGGAAUAUUUGCUCAAGGGAACUUUGGGCCGGAGUCCCAGAGGCUGUGCAGGAAGAGUGGGGCAUGGGAUGUGGAAGGUUCUGUACACCAGCUGACAAAUGGAAUACCUGGACAGAGGACGAGCACCCACAGCUCUUCACUGGGGGAGCCACAGUCAGCCUCGGUAUUUGCAGAGAUGCUUUGUGUUUCAGAGACCCUGCCAUUGAGGGGGAGGCCUGUGGGAAGAGGACGCUUCAGGAUGUGGCUUUCCAGUCUCUUGUGCCCUCUUUCCCAGACUGUGCUUGGCUGUUGAUGUGCAUGGUUGAUACACAUAGGUGGUGGUGGUGGAACAUAGCCAUUUGGAUAUCCAUCACCUUCGACCGGGAAGCCCAAGAGGUGAGGUCUCAGCCAGCAGAAAGAUCAGCUUAGCUUGCUGGCCAAUGAGAAGGGUAGAUAAAGACAGUGUCACCUCCUCCUCACUUCUCUGCAUCAGAAAGGCCUCUUGCUGUAUGUUCUCAUCUGCCUUGGGGUAACAGUGAGAACAAGCACUGGUGAAGUUGUGUCAAUGACAGGUCCCCACCCUGCUUCCCCAUCUCCUCUUCAGAGCUGAAGAGGAGCUUAAGGGCCAAAUGCCCUUUUCCUACACCUCCAGAUCUGCACAUUUAUCACCACUGCAUUACAUUUCUGUCAUAAGGAUAUUGGCCAUUCCCGAAUUUACUGUGUAAUGAACAUCACAUUAUUGCAGUUAUAAUCACUGUGUCCACAGAUAGCGUUAAUAUGCUGGUGUCUGCUGGACAAAGAGUUAGCUCCCUUUUAAACUACUCCCAUUUCCUCCUCCCCAAUAUUUCCACCUACCCUUUCUGAAUGACAGUCUUUAAACAAAAUCAUGUGUGGGUCUUGGAGUCCACAGCCUGGUACAAGAACCCACCAAAGAACCAGUUUGCAUGGUCAACACUUCACAGAAGAGAAGCAAGGCACAUCCAGCUGUAAUGAUGCCGCAGCCGCUGUCUCAUUAAAUCUGUGUUCUCUAGA